GUCUGAAAAUGAAAAUUCCCAGUGUUGUCCUUGUUUUGGUGCUGUGUGUGUGCAGAGGAGCUGUAGGCGUGCAGGUUAAGGUUGGAGACAAGAUAUUCCCCUUGGAGGCAGUGAAGCAGCUGGAGGAGCUGAUGGAUAUAAAUGACAACGUGAGCCCUCACCUUGCCAAAACGAACGUUGGAGCCGUUUGCGCCAACCCACUCCUGCCCCAGGUCUUUCUGCCAGUGUGUCAUGGGAAAGGAGCCGGCAUUGUUUUCUCACAACUAGUGUAUAUCAUCACGUCCCCGGAUCCUUGUGAGAUAUGUGCCAAUCCCUCCUGCUUUGGGUGUUUGGUCUGAGGGUGCCAUCUGCUAGAUACACAAACACAGCGACUGAGAGCCUCUGGGGACGUCAUCCUGCAUAGUUUGUCCACAUCUCUUAGUAUAAGGCAUCCAUGCACAUCGGAAAAAACACAUCCUGGCAACAAAGACCAAUGAGUCUCAAAGCUCAGUGAUCAAAAACCUGAAUGAUUCACUCAUUUAUUAUAUGUUUUGUUAGAUGCUGUUAAUGCAC